AUGUUAACACUUCAAAUAAAACAGCAUCGAGAAAACGGCACCAAGCGUCGAGAGGCAGUGCGACCAGAUCGUGGGAAUAACAAUAAAAAUGGAAGUGUACCGAAUACUAGAGAAGAAUCAGUAAGAGAAGAAACUCAUUCGUCUUCUAAUUCUCAUGAUUCUGAAAAUUUGAACAAUGUUAAAGAUCAUGACGAAGUACGUGAUUUUGUUGAUGCUCGCUAUGUUGGUCCUGUUGAAGCUGUUUGGCGCAUUUUAUCAAAAAAUCUUCAGAACAAAAGUCAUUCUAUUAAUCCAAGUCUACUGAAAGGUGCUAGAAGUUUUGAAGAUCUCAGAACAAUAAAUGGAAUACUUUGUGAUACUUUCACGUCUGCGUGUUUAACAGCAGGACUUAUAGAAGACGAUCAAGAGUGGAGAAGAACUUUAAAUGAAGCAAUAGUAUGGAUGAUGCCACGACAAUUACGUUGUUUAUUUGUUCGUAUGUUAAUCCAUUGUCAACCACUUCGACCGGAAGAGUUAUGGAACGAGUUUAAAAAAUCUAUGUCUGAAGAUUAUAACAGACGUUUUGGAGUAGAAGAAGGAGAGAAAAAAGCGUACGUUUUUAUUAAUUCUAUGCUUAAUCGUGAAGGCUACAGUCUUUCAGAUUUCCCCAGUAUGAUUCAGAUUAGUGAAAUCGAUGAAGCAUUACUAAGUAGUGAAUCGUUACAAACUAACAACUUGGACGAUCCACAGACUUAUUACAAUAAACUCAAUGUUCGUCAAAAGGAAGUAGUUGAUUACAUUUUAAACUCGAUUAACGAAAAUAAAAACGUCUGUACUAUGGCCUAUACGGGCAUUGCCGCAACCCUAUUACCAAACGGAAAAACUGUUCAUAAAACGUUUGGCUUGCCCGUUCCAAUGUUCUCUGAUUCUUCUUCACGCAUUAAACCAAAUUCGAAACAAGGUGAAUACUUAAAAAAUGUUGACGUUUUUAUUUGGGAUGAAGCUCCAAUGUCGCCUAGAUAUGCUUUGGAAAUAAUAGAUCGUACGUUACGUCAUAUUAUGAAUAAUGAAAUGCCCUUCGGCGGAAAAUUAAUGAUUUUGGGUGGUGAUUUUCGCCAAUUACUUCCAGUACAACCUCAUGCAACUCGAACCGAAACUGUCAAUCUUUCUAUUAAAUUUAGUUCAUUAUGGAAAAAUUUUCAUCAAUUUUCAUUGACACAGAAUAUGCGAGCGUUACCGGAAGAAAUACAAUUCGUAAACUUUUUAUUAAAUAUCGGCGAUGGAACCGUCAAUAAUUUGAAUGAUGAAGUAAAUCUUCCUGACUCGUGUUUUACAUCGAACAAUAAUGACAUUGUAGAAAAUAUUUACGGAAAAAUGAUCAGAGAUAAACGUUAUGAUCAAUUAACAUCUGCUGUCAUUCUAUCCGCAAGAAAUGUAGAUGUUGAUGAAAUAAAUAAACAAGUAGUUGAACUAUUGGAUCCUUCAACCCAGAAAAAUUAUACAGGUGUUGACAGUACUGAGAAUUGUGACAACGGGAACAUGGAUGAUGCAGUUUUACCCGAAUACUUAAAUACUUUGAAUCCACCCAAUUUUCCGCCAUAUGAACUUCAAUUACGCCAAUACUCUAUAGUAAUGUUGAUUAGAAAUUUAAACUUGAGUGAAGGACUCUGUAAUGGAACAAGACUGAUGGUCUUGGAAUUAGGCGUGAAUGUCUUGAGAUGCAAAAUAUUAACAGGCGACAAAGCUGGAGAAAUUGUUUUUAUAAAUCGGCUGACACUGUAUUGUGAAAAUACGUAUCCCUUUACUUUUAAAAGGCGACAAUUUCCCAUUAAGAUAGCAUUUUGCAUGACGAUUAAUAAAUCCCAAGGUCAAACUUUUGAAAAGAUUGGAGUAGAUCUCAUUAAAGACGUUUUCAAUCAUGGUCAACUUUACGUUGCUUUUUCGAGAGUACGAUCUUGGUCAGCGUUAACAGUCUCUUUAGCUCAUGAUAAGCUUGAUAAAGUAGUUAAAAAUAUAGUUUAUAAAGAAAUUUUCGCAUGA